AUGGUAGAAAGACAUCGGUGUUUUACGUGUUCGUUAGACACUUCGAAAAAAGUGUAUAUAUUUGGCAAAUCUUCAAUAGAUUUUGGUGAUAUCAUAAGAUCAUGCCUUGGUGUUGAUGUACAUAGUUAUUCUGCACAACCUGGCUUGUUUAUUUGCAAACCCUUUUGCUACAAGAAACUUAUAAAAUUUCAGCGUGCUUCUGAUCAUUUGGAAGAAGUUAGAAAGGAAAUACUAGAAUCGUUUCAGAACAGAGAACAGCCGAGAAUUAAGCAACAAAUCGUAGAGGACGCUGAUAAUUGUGAUGAAAACCAAACAGUUCUCAAUCGCGUGGCAAAAUCACUAAAAUUUGGAAACACCUCUGCAAUUUCUCCGCGAAGCUGCUUGGGUUUAUUCAACUCACCGACUAUUCCUAUUGGGAAUGAGUUGCCGCAUAUUAUAACAGCACCAAAACAUCUCACUUCGACCCCUAUUUCUGAAGGAAAUAUUUCUCGGGAACUUGCAGAUUCGCCAACUGUUAAGUUGUCAGUGCGAUACCCCAGCAAAACCCUCAACAAGACACUUUGCAAGAGUUUAAAGUCGAUUGGAAAGACCUUGGCACAUGGUAAUCCAUCACAAAUCGCAAAUGCUGUGAUGAACUGCCCAACUGUUAAAGAAUAUGUACUCAAAAAAACGCUGUCACUUCUGAACAAAGAAGUCAUAAGUUUGUGCUCUAAGAAUAGCCCUUCAAUGUUGAGAAAAACGAGUAAAGCGGAUUUGGAAAAGUUCGAUUUGGAGCUUCUAUGUAAUGAGUGGAGGGAAAAGGCGCCUUUAUUUUACUCCUUCCUCAUGACUGUUUCUGCGAAUAAGAGGACCAAAGGGAGUCUGUGGUUCGGCAGUGUUGCUAUAGCGGGAUCUGUACUACUCAAACAGAAGAAUGAGAAAAUGAAUGCUACAGCUGCAGUUCUUGGAAUUGUCAUGAAAAGCAAAUCAGUCGAAGUAAGUUUACAAGUUAUGUAGCAACACAACUGAGCUUUAUUUAUGAGCAAUUCGUUUAAUAUUCUUCAGAUUUACUCAGGAAAUGUAAUCUAUUGAUCUUAAGGUUUAAUUGAUAUAAUGUUUAACUUAAACAAUAUAUUGGAACCGUUAGUUUACUGUAUUCUGUAAGCCAUGUAUUAUUGUAUAUUGAUUACGUAUUACUUUUUUUAUUCAUUUUACAACAAAAAAAUUUAAGGCUCAGCCACAGACAAAAGGAGUACAUGAAAAAUAGAGUUCCCAAUCAAGUCCUGCCUGACUCACCUGACACGAAUACCCUGAACUACAUUGUAUCACUAUGACCUCAACAAAUAUACAUAAAAUCUGUUUAGUGGUCUUAUAUUUAAUUAGAAUAAAUAAAUCAUUUUAUACCUGCAUAGCAAUAUUUAAGUGAAGGGUUUUCCCUGAGGGGGUUUCCCUCUUUAAGAAUCGCAAAUCGAUAUUACUUGGCAAAACGUUUAUGUCCUUGUCUAUGAUGGGUUUAUGAAUUAUGUGACAAAUAUUCAUUAUGUAUUGCAUAUGCGUUGAAUCACUGUGGUUGAAUUUUCGAAUUUGUAGCACAUUUUGAAUUUAUUUCUUUAGACUUUACUGAAAAUAGAUUUCGAUAUCUUUGAAAGUUGAAAUAGACAAGCGUGUAACGCCUCUAAACUACAGCGCAGCACUACAAAAAAUAAUUUUUUUAAGAAACCACAUCUCAUUUACUUCAUAGUUUACAUUCAUAAUAUUUGAAAUAUUAGGGGCUGGCCAUUAGAAAUCCCGGGAAAGGGGGAGGGAGGGGGGGGGGAUUCCCCAAAAAAAUUCGUGCAAAGAAAAAUGCCUGGAAAAAAUUCGUGCAGCCAUUACGUCAGAAAAAAAAUUCCUGCAAGCAAACAGCAAAGUACAAAUAGUCUUGAAAAAAAAUUCUUGCAGAGGUUAAAUGCAUUAAAAAAAAUCCUGCAGAGACAUGAGACUGAAAAAAAAAUUUGUGCUGCAAAAAUUUUAUUGCCACCCUCCCUGGAAUUCUAAUGGUCCGCCCCUUACUCUGUGUCAUUCUUUUUUGUUCUAAACAAUAAUUUGUAAUUUAUAUUCCAGUCCACAAUAUGCAGAUUAAAUAAGUUAAAGGUGACUAACUCAAACAGCAACAUAUUGGCAAAGCUAGAUCAUCUUGGGGAAAAUCAUGACGCUGUUCUUAUCAAAUCGAAAGAUCAAAUCACCCAUGACAACAAGGUUCUAUGUACGGUUGCAGAAACGUGUAAACAACUGUCCUUGACCCCUGGUAUUAAAAGAAAUGAAUUGUCUAUGGCAUUGCAAGAGAAGAGAGACCUGAAAAAAUCUGUUCAUCCUGGUUUUGUCAUAUCAUUUGACAAUAUUGACAUUCAUGUAAGCCGAAAGAAUAUGACAUUGAAGUCUCAAAAUAAGAACUUUCAUUGGGUAAAUCAUCAGUACAUUGAGAAUAGAGUUUCAGGUGAGGGCUACAUACAUGUCAGUGUCCACUGUCAUGUGUAAUCAUUGUUAAAUAAAGUCUCUAUUCUUUAGGUGCUUUUCUAGAUUCAGUCGGACCAAAGACACAUGUCAAAGAUAUACCUGUUAUAAAGUUUCUACCAUCAAUUGGUGACCAGCAGAAACAAAGGCACAAUUAUAUCAUUCUUACCUCUAGAAUACUGGUAGAUUAUUUUGAUGCUUUGGAACCCUUAGCUGAAGCAUGUGUCCAACACAUUCCGCAUAAAUAUACAGACGAAAUGUCGCAGAAAAAUAAAAAGGUUGUUUAUGAUUAUAAAAAAAUUAAUUUAUUGGGAGAACUGUAAUCUGGUAAUCUGAAAAUGUGAAUUGGAUGGCAACAGUCUUACGUCUUACCAUUAUAGAUGGAUUUUCUGGGGGGUGCAUGGGCUGACUGCACCCCCAAAAACAACAAUCCCUGGAAAACAUUUCACUGCCCAGAAAUUUAACUACAUUGGAUUAAAUGACUGUAGUGUGAAUCUUUGGCACCCCCACAGACAAAAUUUGAAAAUCUGGCUCUUACAUAUACUGUAAUUGCCUUAUAAAAAUUGUGAUAUGCAUAAUUGUGUUUUAUCAUCAUAUAUUAAUUACUUUGCAGGCACCAUUGGGCAUAAUAUUCAAGGAUGAGAAUGUCAAUCAGGACAUGCAUUCAAUACUGAAGCAGUUCCAUUCUUAUCUCCCUCGGAGAGCUGAUGACAAGGUGGAUAGCCAGAUAUUUUCUGGAGAUCAACUUACUGUAGAACGGGCAGUGAAUGUAAUUGCUUCUGUGGCCAAUGGAUUGUCAGAGCAUGAUCGCCUUGAGGGUAUGAACUUUCAAAUUGGAGACUGGCAUGCUGGUGUCAAAUUGUUGAGUGUAAGUGCUUCUAAUGUUGCAAAUGUUUCCAUUUGGAGCUGACUAACAUGUUCUGACAGUCUCAUUUAAUUAGUUAAUCCUACAUAUGAACGACAAAUAUCUUAGUUUGAAUAAUUAACUUACAGUUUAUACUAUUUAUCUUUUAGCUCAUUUUUGCUAGAUUCUUCUCUGGGAAAUCCAGCAAUGACAUUUCCACCAUGUUUGCAGAUCGCACUGUCAUAAAUCGCCGAAAUGUUACUGCAGAUGUAUCAUCAUCAUACAGACCAAACAGGGACUUUCUUAUGAUUGUGUUUCAGUCUAGAGUAAUCACAGCAGCUAUGGCAGCGUUAGGAAUGGAAAGCAAAGCAUCUUUACCAACAAAGAUCGAUUUUCCACCAAACUUGAAGGAAUUGUCAAAGUCAGAAAAACUGAAGUAUUUACACGAACUAUCAGCUAAAGUUGUAGACACAUUUGUUUUUAAGAGCAACUCCUCAAUUAAUUAUGUUAUUGGUAGUGUCCUGACACAAGAAGAGAGAGAUGCAUUGCAACAGCAGCAAUUGACACCAGAUGGUCGAUUCCCCUGUAGAUUUUCAGGAUGCGACAAAUCCUUUAAAUACAAUGGCAUGAGUCGAAAGAAACACGAGGCAUCACAUAACCCUCCUGUAAUGGCAGAAGAGCCUGCAAUCUCUGUAAGCCCAUGCAAACCACCACCUCCAUCUGGAGAAUCAAAAGAACCAGAUGAUGCAUACAACUACAACUGUGCUCUUCUUGCUGAUAGUUAUUUGUUUUUCAAUUUCCUUGAUGCCAUUAAAGAGGGUGAUGGGGCACGGCUAAUGAGGCAGUACAAGUAUUUUAUGCUUUUUUGCAAAGCAGACGGAUGCCAUAGCACAAAAUAUGCGCUAGAAUGCCUUUAUCAGUUCUUCCUCAUCCAUGGAGAGUUGUCACCGAGAGACAGUGAGCGAUUCAUUUGGAACAGGUCAAUCAACAAUCAUGGAAAGAAAGGUUACAACAUCCCACUCGAUGAAGCAACCGAGCAUAGUAAUAACUUUGUAAAGCAAGGUUAUUAA